CAGCCUCUUGGUAACACCCUCCGGAGCUUUCCAAGUUUUCCGGCAUGCUGCGAGCCCUCUCACACAGGCACAACAGAACAUAGGCGGUUCCGAAAGGAUAACAAACGAAAGUAAGCCGAUGAUAAGCCCAAUGCGGACGCGGAUUCUGAGAGCAAGGGCGUUACCAUCCGCCCCGAAUCGCUUGGCGAUCGAGCCGCCCCCGGUAGUCACCAUCGAUGACGAAGAAGUCGGCUCGAGAAACCAAGAGUCAGAGAUGGGAGCAGACUGCAAUAUUGACGAUCCAGGGAUCGCUGAUUCGAAUUUUUACAAACUGACGAUUCUGAAACAUCCCGAUGAGAUCGACAGAGGAGAAUUCAGACUCCGAGCGCAGCAAGUCCGCGUGGGCACGUUCCUUUUGAAGGAUCGACUAGUUACGUUCAGUCGGAGCAAUUUACAAAUUCUCGCCCGUCCAGUGGAUUCUCUGACCCAAGAAGUGGAACUGAAUUUCACGUAUAAAGACAUCCUGAAGACCAUGUGGGCGCUGAGUGCGGAGACUCCGGCUAUGUUGUUCAAUUUCUCACCUGAUUGUGGAGAACGGAUACGAGGAGCUCUGCACAUGAAAACCCACGAGGCAGUGAAAAAUCGAUGGUGUAAUGACGCCAAACACCCAUAUUUCGAACCUAAAGCACCUUUCGAGAGACAGCGACAAGUCGUCAUAUUGCUCGGUGAAUCUCUGAGUGAGGAGGAGUACAGAUUGAUCCAAGAUUGUUACAUGAGUCCCAAAGGGCAUAUGAAAAAAGAAUUCGCAGAAAAAAUACUGGAACUCACAGCGCCCAACAUAAAUACGCCCGAGACGCCUCUACCAGUUGAGGAGUCGGUCCCGAGCAUCCUCCAACCCCAGGAACUUAUGCGACCGGGCACGAGUUCUACGAUGAGACCUGGAAUCCGAAAGCGAAAAACCGGCGAUGAUCCCCCGUCGCAUUUCGUUACCGGUAACGGAAUCGUCACCGUCAUGGCAGUCCCGACGGCUCGGGCUCUGCCGAAACUCCAGCCGGGCGUCGUGUUCACCGACGAUUCUCCCAUCUGUCAAUAUCCCCCGUCUGGCAAAGGGAGCAUCGUCAUCAGAGCUCCUGACCUGCUCACUCUGAUGCCCGACAAAUCUGUCAACGAUGCAGUCAUCGAUUUCUAUCUCUCGUACAUAAUUGGCGAAUUGUUGCCGAAGGAGCGCGCCGACAAAGUAUUCGCUUUCAAUACUUUCUUCUACUCCUCGUUGGUCAAAGAUCCUCCGAAAACUGUGGCCACGGGGAUCCCAGCGGCUCGCAGGCACCACGCGAAUGUAAAGCGUUGGACGAAGGGAGUCGACCUCUUCGCCAAAGAUUUCAUCCUGAUACCGGUCUGCGAGCAUUCGCAUUGGUUCCUGAUCAUAGUGUGCUAUCCCUGGUUGGUUCCGAAAAAGCUCGGGAUCAAAAUGGACUGCAUGAAUAAGGAUGGCGCAGAGCCGAAUCUAGUCGAUACGCCCGCCAAAGAUUCCCCUGACUCCAGCACUGGAGGCCCCGAUCCCUUGAGAGUGAAUCAAGCACAGAAAGACUCAACGCCUGCAGUUCCGUCACCAAUGCAGCGGAGGAGUGAUCUCAAAGCUGGAAUCUUCGUUUUCGAUUCGCUGCGAGGGAACGUGACGCCCUCGAGUGUCUACCCGUUGAUAAGGAAUUAUCUCACGGAAGAGUUCCUCGUUAAAAAAGAGGUCGAGUGCUCGUUCGAUUACUAUACCAUGCGAGGUUACUACCCGAUAGCGCCGCAGCAGACUAAUUUCCACGACUGCGGAAUAUUUCUGCUCGAGUACGCGAAAAAGUUCCUGCUCAACCCACCCGCACCUGAGGACAUGGGUCUCGGAAGUAGAUUCAACAAAAUGUUCGAUCCCGACCACAUCAUGGAGGAGGGUCGCUGGCAUCUUGCGGAGGUCAUGUUUCUGUUGAAUGAGAAGCAGUUUCCAGAACUGAAAGGCAUGCCCCGAGCGAAGUACGAGAAGCAGAUCAGAGUGAAGGGCAAAACUGUCGGCGAAGAGACCAGCUUGGUUCCCAUCAAACGGACGCGGGCGGGAAACGCGCCCAAAUGAGUAUCUGGACCGCGGUCUACUCCGCAUCGAAAAUCGGAGGCGACUCCAGGCGCUGAUGCGCGGAAAUCCAAACUUUCAUGAAACUUCCGCGUCUUACCGGCUGCGGACUGUCUUGCGAGAAACCUUAGGUACCGAGCCGUCUCUCGGAAGGGGACGUUGUGGCGUUUUGUACAUUGUUGACCUCAACUAUGAUGGAUGGUCCGAUAUAAAUUGUUGAUGA